AUGGUAGGUGGUCUGUGGCCGGGCACAGCCUUUACCCUGUUCCCUCCCAGCACCCUGCACCACCCUGGCCUGCUGCUGCUGAUGGCACUGAGCCCCUCAGAGGAUCUGUCCGGACUGAGUCUGCUCUUUGAGCCUGUGUGGCUGGGCUCCCUUUAUAUCCUGCUGCAUUCCCCGAGACCCCACGGGGAAGGUCCCCGAGCCCUGCCAGGCCUGCUACCUGCCUCUCUGCUGCUACAGGUGUUGGAGGCUCUGUUGUUCCUGCAGGCCCGCUGCUGGGUCCAUGGUGGCCUCAGUUCGCACGCUGUGCAGCUGGUGCGGCCAGGCCUGGCUAAGCUCACCAGACCUUUUGGCCUCCCCAGGGUGCAGCAGGGCUCCCCUCAGAGAGACCCGAGUUCAGGGCUUCCCCCACCCCCUGAACUGUACCCAUGGCUACCGCUUGAGCUGAUCCGUGGGGACACGCCAGCCACUACCUCAGACCUCUACAGCUUCUGCAUCCUGGCCCAGGAGGUCUUCACUGGAGAGCUGCCCUGGGCUGGGGGAGCGGGGCCUGAGGUGAAGGCUAAGCUGGAGGCAGGUGAGAGCCCAGGCCUGGACGCCUUGCUGCCAGCCCCCUACCAGGCCUUGGUUCAGGCUGGGCUGGGUCUAGAGCCUGCUGACCGCCGGGGCAGCUUGCAGAGCACUCGGUACCUGUUGCGAAAGGCCCUGGCCAAGGACUCAGCACCCAAGGUCAGCUCUCCACUAGAGUGGACAACACUGUCUCCUGUAACCCUGGGUUCCCUGCCAGAGCAUCUGUACAGUGAAGGGGCUCCCAGGGCCAAGGCCAGAUCCAGGCUUGUGCUCCCUUCCCCAGACCCUUCCCAGGCUUGGGAGACUCCUGAGGUUGCAGGUCACAGGAGGGUCCAGCAGAAUGCGGCCUGGGACUCGGGCAGUAGCUUGACUCUAGGCAGCAGCCUCAGUCCCAGCUCCAGUCUUCACCUCGGUCUCAGCCCCAGCCCCAGCCCACACUGCUGCCCGGAGCCCGUCUCAGUAGUAUGGAUACCCCCGGCCCACGGCUAG